AUAGAACAAGAUAAAGUCUCAGGGUUCUGGACGUGGAUGUUCGUGCUGUCGAAGCUGCCAGAGCUUGGCGAUACGGUGUUUAUAGUUCUGCGCAAGAAGCCACUCAUCUUCCUGCACUGGUACCACCACAUCACCGUUCUACUGUACACCUGGUUCUCCUUCACUGAGUACACUUCAUCCGCGCGCUGGUUCGUCGUAAUGAACUACUGCGUUCACAGCGUGAUGUACUCGUACUACGCUCUCGUCAGCAUGGGCAAAUACCCGCCGAAGAUGCUCGCUAUGACGAUCACCGUACUUCAACUGUCGCAGAUGGUAGUCGGCUGCGCUAUCAACAUCUGGGCCCACAACUAUAUGACCACCGCGCCCCCCCACACCUGCCACAUCAGCCAAAUAAACAUCAAGCUAUCGAUGGCGAUGUACUUCUCAUACUGCGUCCUUUUCGCCCAGUUCUUCUAUAAAGCGUACCUCUCACCGAAGCCCGGGAAGAAAGCCAAAACCGAACCUGUACCAGAAGUAAGUCCAACGAAGAAGAUCGAACAGACGGUCAACGGUUACCCGAGACAGAGAAACGGCCUGGUACACUAGUCGGCCAUGUGAUAUGUAGUUUUGUACAGGUUAUACGCGGUCACCGAUUAAACAAUUUCACGAUUUGAACGUCGCUCAGCUAGUGUUAAAUUUUAAAUAUAUCUUGUGACGUAUACAGAAAAAGCACAAAAAUUUAUUUUGAUUGAUGGUGAAUAUAGGAUAUAUUUCUAGAAAGUUAUAAAAAAAAAAACGGUUUUGUAAGCUUUUAGCGUACAUCGAAUACAUUCAUCAAAGAAUUAAUUUCUGAUAAAAAAUGCUUAUCAGACAAAAAAGUUAAUAGAAACAGUUUUUUUAAUGAAUUAAAAAUUUUGAAUUAUACGGUUCUUCGUCUGCUGUGUUCCUUCAAAUGAUGGGGUUUUGUAGGGGUUACAGAUCACGAUACACGUGAAAAAAUUUCCUAAUCCUUUUUAAAUUUUACUUUAUCUUAAUAAACGUGCUACUCUGGAAACUUUCUUCUGCAUAGCCGUCCAAAACUAUUUUUCUUGGCACAAAAAAAAAUCGUUGAAGUGAAAUAUUAAGACGAAAGGUACCUGAGAGACUUGAAAAAUAGGUAUGAAUAAAAUGUUCCUGUCUCGCUGUAUACUGCCGCCGCGCCCCAAGAGAAGAAAGGGACAACUGCAGCUCAGACCGUUUUAGGUAGAUAAUUAUUGACCAAAACAGCAUUUCGUAGUAGACUAUUUUCUCCCCAAGACAUGCCAAUUUUUUUUUUUUUUUUUUGUAAAAUAUUUGAUCUAGUGUCAUUACCCAGGGAGAAAACUGUCGGCCGGUAUCCUUUCCUCUUACUACUAACUAUCGCAUACAACUAAAGAACAAUAUAAAGAAAAACAAUUCUUUCUCGUAUAAUGUUUUUAUUGUAACUUAUAACCGCGCUUACGCGCACACAGAAGGUAUCAUGCGGGCGAGUCUAUCAAAGUAGCUUGUUCAUUUAAACAAAGUCAAAUUUAAAAAUAGGAUUGGUGAAACCUUUCAAAAAUAUUUCAAGGAACGCAGUUAAGAGUGUGCUUGGACCAUUUUAUAAUAACGGCUUUUUAGUUAAUAGAGGACAGUUAUGGCUAAUACACAGUUUGUAUCAGAUUAUGCAAAUUGGUUAAUUGUUUUUUGAACAUCUUAGCCUUCCUUAAUAUUAGCCUUUAUAAAUAUUUAAAUUAUGUUUAUAAAAA